AUGGCAGAUGUUACCGAUGACGACCAUGACGAGCCGGACGAGCCGGCAGCUUCAUUCCGAACAACGGCCAAGAAGGUGACCACCUAUGCGGGACGAAGUCGUCGUGCCAUGACGGAGGAUCUCGAGCCUCGAUCUCUUUGUCUGGUCAACCGAAGGGACGUCUACGAGGAAGAGAUGCCAAAGGCGCCUAGCAGUCCGAUCUUGUCCUCGCUUCACAGUCCAGUAUUUCCUUCGAUUCGUCAAGUGAAGUCGAUAGCACGCAAAAUCCAAUCGAAGCCAACGUCUUCUGGAGCAUCUUGCCGCCAGUCGGAGCAGCUCAUUUUGGAUCUGGGGCAGCAGAUCCGCAUUCGUUGCAAGGAGUGCGACAUGCAGUACGACACGUCUUCAGCAGAAGACUGCUCGCUGCAUGCGCGACACCACGAGCGAACGGUCAAGGGCUUGGACUGGAGCGCCAAAGCCCUGACGUUGUGGGGUGAGACGGUAUCGCAGCUGACGUUGUCGCGACGUGAAGUACGGGGCAAGUCGUCGCUGCUCAGCAAACAGAGUGGCGGGACCAGCGAAAGCCGGCAACUAGAAUCCGUGACGAUCCGAUGCUACGACAUGUCGACGCUCAAGGACGCUACGGUGUCCAGAAAGAUCAACGAGCUGUUGGAAACGGUGGACGAUGCUUUGGGUGCAGCGCCGGUCAAUCUGUCUGAUAUUCAAGGAUGCAAAGUGCUAGUCGCGGUUUGUUCAGGCCGAGCGGCCGGAACGGCUCUGGUAGGACGUGUACCUGUCGGUCAAGCUCGAGAGGUGCUGCCAGGGAGCAGCAACAAGGAGAACGAUAGCCCGUCUAAGAGCGACAAUGUCGAAGCACAGAAGCUCCCUCGUACCGUGUGGAACGACGCUGGAGACGCCAUCUUUGUCUCUGACGCCUUGCCCUCGUCCAAAACACCACCCGUGGGCGUGUUCCGCAUCCACGUGAUCGCAAGCUGGAGACGUACAGGCAUGGCCAGUGCUCUGCUGGACGCAGCAGCAGACAGCAGCGUCUAUGGCUUUGACUUGGACGGCCUUGUCAGGAUGUACGGAAGCAGGGCGAGGUCGGUCGCUUUCAGUCAACCUACGGAAGCCGGACGAAAAUUAGCAGAGGCUUGGAUUCGGAAGGAUACGACGGAUAAUGCAGCACGCCUAGUCGUGUUCGAAGCUUGA